UCGUUGCAAGUCAACAAGACUUAAAGAGAAGAACAGAAAUUUGAAGUAUAUAAAUAAAUGAGGUUCUCUGGCCAAAUUGCAGCUCAAGCAACUAGUCAAUCAUAGAUAUAUAUAUAUCCCUUUCUGCAGUAACAAUUGAAGCCAUAUAAUGGAACUGAAGCAGAAGCACACGAAACUGGGCAAGGUGUUAAUGGUUGCAUUAGCCCUUCUAGUAUCAUCAUCAGUUGCAGCUGAUCAAGCCAAACUUUCUCCACCACCAAAUCAAACCCUUCCUGGCUGCAAGGACACUUGUGGAGAUGUCAAGAUUCCAUAUCCAUUCGGCACAGGCAUGUCAUCUACAUCAGAUCAUAAGUCAUGUUUCUUGCAUAAUGGAUUUAGCCUUACUUGCAAUAACUCCAUAUUAUAUUUGGGUAACGUCCAAGUUUUAAACAUAAGCGUCCAAGGUCAAAUGGACUUAUUGUUUUACGUCUCAUCACCAAAUUGCUAUAGCCAAGGUGGAAAAUUCAACUCCGGGAACCUUCCCACGCUCAAAUUUGCUAAUUUCAGCAUUUCAAGGAAGGAAAACAAGUUCCUAACUGUUGGAUGCAAUAGUUUUGGAUAUCUCAAUAGCUUUUACAACAGCGAGGUAUAUUCAACUGGGUGCUUAUCAAGAUGUUAUGGCAAUGAAAGGAAAAUCGAGAAUGGAACGUGUUCCGGCAUCGGGUGCUGCCAGGUGGAUAUUCCUCCUUCAAUGAGGAAUAUCAGCAUAAAAGCAAAUAGCUUCACCAAUUCAACCGAAUAUUCGGGGGGAAACUGCAGCUAUUCCUUUGUUGUCAAAGAUGGCAACUAUACUUUUGACACCAAUCAUUUAUAUGAUUUCCCUUACGAGAUGCUCCCCAUGGUUGUUGAUUGGACCGUAGGAAACCAAAGUUGUGAUGCUUCCAAAAGCAGAGUCCACUAUGCAUGCAUGAAAAAUACCUAUUGCAACGACAAGGACACUGAUCUGCUUGGUUACCGAUGCAUAUGUAAUGAAGGUUAUGAAGGAAAUCCAUACCAUCCGGAUGGUUGUAGAGAUAUUGAUGAAUGUAAGACAUCAAAUAAUACAUGCCUAAGUGAAAAUAAUUGUCACAACACGGAUGGGUCUUACAAAUGUUUCUGUCCUAAGGGGCAAUCCGGAGAUGGAACAAAGAACGGAGGGUGCCACCGACGAGAUAUAGUUACCCAGGUUGUCAUUGGAACAGGUGCAGGAUUCAUACUUCUAAUUGUGGGAAUUUCCUCGCUGUACUUAAUAUACGAGAAAAGGAAACUCAUCAAAUUGAAGGAGAAGUUCUUUAAGCAAAAUGGCGGUAUCAUUUUGCAACAGCGACUCUCUGCAGGAGAAAACACUUCUCAAUCUACUACAGUGUUCUCAGCAGAGCAACUUAAGAAGGCCACCAACAACUAUGAUGAGAGCUUAAUCAUCGGCAGAGGAGGUUAUGGUACUGUUUACAAAGGAAUUUUGUCAGAUAAGAGGAUAGUUGCCAUCAAGAAGUCCAAAAUUGUGGAUCAGAGCCAAAUUGAACAAUUCAUAAACGAGGUGAUUGUGCUAUCACAAAUUAAUCAUAGGAAUGUGGUCAAACUCUUGGGUUGUUGUUUAGAGACAGAAGUUCCUUCAUUGGUUUAUGAAUUUGUUAACAAUGGUACACUUUUUGAUUAUAUACACAAAGAAGGCAAGGCAGGUAAUGUACCUUGGAAAACACGUCUAAGGAUAGCAGCAGAGGCUGCAGGGGCCCUAUCUUACCUGCACUCAGCUGCUUCUAUACCAAUUAUACAUAGAGAUGUGAAGACUGCCAACAUUCUCUUGGAUGACAGUUACACUACCAAAGUGUCUGAUUUUGGAGCAUCAAGAUUGGUUCCUCUUGAUCAAACUGAAUUAGCCACAAUGGUGCAAGGAACUAUUGGUUAUUUGGACCCAGAGUACAUGCAAACAAGCCAACUUACUGAGAAAAGUGAUGUGUAUAGCUUUGGAGUAGUGCUUGUGGAGCUGCUUACAGGGGAGAAACCUCUUUGUUUUGACAGGUCAGAGGAGAAAAGAAGUCUUGCUAUGCACUUUCUAUCUUGCUUGAGAGAGGAUCGCUUGUUUGAGGUUCUUCAAUUUGGCAUUUUGAAUGUAGAAAAUAAGGAGGAGAUCAAGGAGGUUGCUAUUCUUGCAACAAAGUGCUUGAGACUAAGAGGGGAGGAGAGGCCUAGCAUGAAAGAAGUGGCAAUGGAGUUGGACGGAAUAAGGCUAAUGGAAAAGCAUCCAUGGAUCAACACAGACGUGAAUCUAGAGGAGACUCAUUACUUGCUUCAUGAGGCAUCAUCGAGCAUUCGUGAACAUGGUGAUAGCAGCAGCCAUCAAAAUACUGGGUAUGACAGCAUCAAGGAUCAUGUACUCAUUGACUUCGAUGAUGGAAGAUGAUUAUGGCAUGGCAGCAUACACUCCACAGCAUUUUAUAUCAAAGUUCUGCUACAACCUUUUGUAAUCUUUAUGAACAAUCCAGUUAUGUUUUUGUUGUUUUCAUAUAUAUUAUAAAUAUUAGGUGUGUAAAGAAGUGAAUAAGAGGACAGUGGAGCAAUCAUAUUAUUUAAUCAUAAUUUGUAAAAUUUUGUCUUGUAUUUUAGGAUUUUUUUUUUUUUUUUCUCGUUGUUCUUUGAUUCUUCUAUAUCGUUUUUUUGUAAGAGCAUUAUUAUUAUUUUUUAUUAUUGACUGACAGUACAAUUU